UGCAGUGCAUCACCUCCUCAUGGCCACGGCCUGCCGGGACGCCAACUCUGGCGCUCUCCUCCAGGAGCUCUGCCUCACCCAGUUCCAGGUGGACAUGGAGGCCAUCGGGAAGACGCUGUGGUGCGACUGGGGCGAGACCGUCAAGCCACUGCGGGGACAACUUUGGGAACUGCUCAUAACCUGCCACGAAAGCUGUUUCCAGAGCCCAGCCAGUCAGCCCAGGGCGGGGAAGCGCACAGAGAGAGCCUGCGCACGGCCACACGGCCACACGGCCGGAGAGGGGUCCAGUCAGAUCCCAGCCAGCCUGCGCCUGCUCUUGGUGCAUCCGGUGGCCUUCCCGUACCACGCGGCGUCCCAGCAAUCGUGAUACGGCAGCUGGGUCCCGACUGCAGUGUUGUUACCGUUUUGGAACUUAUCCCGAGGACGUAAUCAGAGAUGCACAAAAGGACUUCACCCGGCGUUAUUUAUACACGCAAACGAGUGAAAACGUCCUCAGCGCCCACGUCGGAGGGCUGCGCCAUGAAAUCAAAUCCAGCUGAUGGGAGAAGGCCUUCCUAAAAUUAAAUACUUGGGGAAUUUUUCUCACGGU